GAAUUCUUCACUUAUAUGUAGAGAGAGAGAGAGAGAGAGAGAGAGAGAGACAAAGAGGUGCAACGGUGCAUUACACAAGCUCUGUGGGAGAAAGAGAGAGAGAGAGAGAGAGAGAGAGAGAGAGGGAGAAAGGAGACCAACCCAAGCUUCUCUCUCCCUCUCUUGCCUACUUCGCAGAGGAAAUGGGUGCCCCUUUAUCUUCCUGGCCAUGGGAGAACAUGGGAAGCUACAAGUACAUGUUAUACGGGCCUCUGGUCGCCAAGGCUGCUUGCGAAUGGAGAGAUGGGAGGUCAGUCGGGUGGUCGCUGCACCUUCUAAUUCUCUUCGGCCUCAGGAGCCUCACGUACCAGCUCUGGUACUCCUUCACCAACAUGCUCUUCUUCACCCGCAAGCGCCGGGUGAUCAACGAAGGCGUCGACUUCAAGCAGAUAGACAACGAAUGGGACUGGGAUAAUUUCCUCAUCCUGCAAGCUCUCCUCGGAUCCAUGAUCUCCCACCACGCCCCUCCCCUCGAGGAGCUCCCUAUCUUGGGACUCCAAGGGUGCAUCAUCGCGCUGCUGCUCCAUGUGGGCGUUUCAGAGCCUGUGUUCUACUUGGCGAACAGGUGGUUCCACAGCGGCUCCCUCUUCACCCACUACCACUCCAUCCAACACGCCUCCCCCGUACCAACGCCGAUGACAGCUGGGUUUGGCACGCCAUUGGAGCACCUCGUGUUGGGCGCGGUUAUGGCCGCCCCGCUGCUCGGCGCCUUCUUGAUGGGAUGUGGCUCGGUUGGGUUGGUGUACGGGUACGUCUUCGUCUUCGACUUCCUGAGGUGCAUGGGAUACAGCAACGUGGAGGUGUUCCCUGUUCGGCUGCUGCAGGCCCUGCCCUUCCUCAGAUACCUCAUUUACUCCCCUACAUAUCUAAGCCUCCACCACAAGGAGAAGAACUGCAACUUCUGCCUUUUCAUGCCUCUUUUUGAUCUACUCGGGAAGACAGUGAAUAGCAGGACAUGGGACUUGCAACGGGAGAUUAGCGCAGGGAAGAACGACCGAGUCCCUGACUUCGUCUUCCUCGCGCACGUCGUCGAUAUCUUCUCCUCCGUGCACGUGCCCUUCGUGUUCCGAUCGGCCUCCUCGAUGCCGUUCUUCACCAACCCUCUGCUGUUCUUCCUUUGGCCGCUCGCCUUCUUCUCCAUGCUCGUAAUGUGGGCUCUGUCCAAGACAUUCUUGCUGUCCUUCUACAACCUGAGAGGGCGGCUACACCAGACGUGGGUAGUCCCGAGAUAUGGAUUUCAGUAUUUCUUGCCAUUCGCCAGGAAGGGCAUCAAUAACCAGAUCGAACUGGCCAUCCUGAGGGCAGAUAAGAUGGGAGUCAAAGUCCUCAGUCUCGCAGCACUGAACAAAAAUGAAUCGCUUAACGGUGGCGGGACACUGUUCGUCAGCAAACAUCCAGAUCUAAGAGUUCGAGUCGUCCAUGGCAACACCUUGACGGCAGCCGUGAUGCUAAACGAAAUCCCCAGGGAUGCGAAGGAGGUGUUCCUGACAGGGGCCACCUCCAAGCUUGGAAGAGCGAUCGCACUGUAUCUUUGCAGGAAGAACAUCCGAGUUCUAAUGCUGACUCUAUCGGCCGAAAGAUUUCUGAAUAUCCAGAAGGAGGCCCCGGCAGACUGCCAACACCAUCUCGUGCAGGUCACCAAGUGCCAAGCAGCACAAAAUUGCAAGACAUGGAUCGUUGGCAAGUGGAUGUCGCCGAGGGAGCAGCGAUGGGCGCCGCCGGGCACGCACUUCCACCAGUUCGUGGUGCCUCCCAUCAUUGGCUUCAGGAGGGACUGCACCUAUGGAAGCCUGGCAGCCAUGAGGCUUCCCAAGGAUGUCCAAGGUCUCGGAUCGUGUGAGUACACGAUGGAGCGAGGAGUGGUUCACGCCUGCCACGCCGGUGGAGUGGUUCAUUACCUCGAAGGGUGGACGCACCACGAGGUGGGCGCCAUCGACGUCGACCGCAUCGACGUGGUGUGGAAAGCUGCACUGAAGCAUGGCCUGACGCCGGUUUGAGGCGGAGGUGAUGUCAUCAAACGGCAGAUUCGUGUUCCUUUGCUUUCCGUACGUAUUCCCUUCUCAGGUUGACAGCAACGCUACGGCAGCUCUCGCAUGUGGAUGUUGCAACUGUAAUCCAAGAUUUCCGAGUUCGUAGUUGGCAUCAACUCGUCAAAUUCUUUUACAUGUAGGUGUGGAACUUAUCAUCAUAAUAAAAGCAAGGCAUGUUGUUGCA